AUGUUCUUGCGCAAGAACAAAGCCCAAAAGCACAAGCACCUCCCUUCCGAAACGUCCCUCGCGAGUUCGGUCGAAGCAGCAGGCGCGCAAGCUGCGGGGCAACCUCCUCCUCCUCCUCCUCCUCAACCCGGAGCAGCAGCAGCAGCCGCAGCAGCAGCAGCCGCAGCAGCCGCAGUGGGUACACCUACCCAACCCCAUCUGCAGCAGCCUUCCCAAGGGUCGACAACCGUUGGACCGACCAAGUUUCAGCAGUAUGUCCCGCAGACGAAUUAUGGUGUACAGGCUGCAGGAGGAGGAGGAGGAACGGCGGCGGCAAUGAUGCUCAAUGGCCACGGGCGAGGUUAUUCGAAUGGCAGUGGUGGUAGUGGUUCCGUAGGACCGAACGGCAUAGGAGGAUACGGGACAGGCACAGGACCAGGUUCGGGAUCGGGUUCGGGAUCAGGAUCGGUCUCGGGCUAUAAUAAUACGAUGCAGGCCAUCUUGGCCUAUUCGGGCACACCGUCCCCCGCUCCCGCCGCCGUGGGGCCAGGUCCAGUGUCGCCGCCGAUUUCGCAGCACCCACCGGGGCCGUAUUUGGUCGGCGAUGAGGAGUACAAGUUGAGUGCUCAGAGUGUCGUGACCGGGAAAUGGGGUACAUGGCUGAUCAUGGGUGUGAUUGUUCAGCCGGCUGUUGAAGAACUAUCGUCUCGCGCACGAGAGGAUCGAGGACCAGAGGCAACAGCUGUUGAUGCAAGAACGAUUGGUCAGUCUCGUCUCGAGCGAGAAAAGCACCUUGUGCUGAGAUAUACGACUUGGACACUCAGAACGCGUCGUUGCGCAAACACGUCUCGUUGCUCGAAGGUGGGGAAGUCGCUGACGCCGCGGCUUCCGUCGUCGGGACUUCGACCGUCGAUGAUUUCACCAUCAAAAAUAGCUCGUCAGGUGCGUUCACGCUUACCCCAGUCGGUCGAAACUUGUGCUGACCCUCAUGAUCAUGUUUCACAGGCCUCGAGCGCCGCAUCAACCGCUUCGCCGCCGACACGCUCAACUCGCGCGACUACUCUCGCAACCAACUCGCCUCGGCAAUCUACGCCGACCUCCCCAGCAUCACCCAAUCCCCGUUCCUCAACUCGAUACAAGGGUUCGAAGAUCCCGAAUCGGGGAUCAUUCUACAGAGUUUGAUUCGACAUGCACUGUCGAGUCUGUUGGCGGAUGGGAUUGUGAAUUCAUUGUUGGUCACCGAUUCAGAGGAGGCGAAUGAGGAAUUGACAAGGUUGCAUGCGACGUUGUUUGAACGUGAGUUUGUGGAAGGGGGGAGACGCGAAAGAGGUUACGCUUGAAGCGCUGAAGCUGAUUUGUUUGGACGCGAAUAUCAUUAUGGCGCCAACCUCACGUUAUAGGUGAACCGCUCGUCGCUUCCGUUUGGCGACGGCAAACCUUUUCGGCCUCGCUCACCCACCUCUCCGACCGAACAUGUUUCUCCCUCCUCUCACGCCACAUCCCUGCUCUAUCCUACCUCUUGAACCCAUCCCCAUCGCAUCUCUCCCCCUCUCUAUCGACGAUGUUGGCAGCCUUCCAUCUCUAUGCGAGGACGUUGCAUUCUUCGGCGACGGCGAUGGGAGGUGGAGGUGGAGUGGAGGGGUCGGGGUUUUAUAGGGCUUAUGUACCGCAGAUUGGGACGUUAUUGGAUCCGGGGAGGUUGGAGUUGAUCAAAAGGUGUUAUAGGACUGAGAGAGGUACGUUCGUAGUGACCGAAGCGGGGUGAGGGUUGCGAAGAAUGAGAACGAGAACGAGAAACGAGAAUGAGCGAGCAGAGCUGACUUGGGGUAUUCGAUCGUUACCCUCGUCAUUGCAGGUGAACCCGAACGCGUAGGAGCUUGCUUAUUCCCAGGGCUCGUUAAAGAAUCAGCCAUCGAGAACUCCCCCUUCACUUCACCCGAACCGGGUCCAACAACCGCAUCACCGAACUUGAACGACCGUUUGGGAAACGGAAUCCCUCUCACUUCCGGAAUGGGUCCUCCUGGGUUGGGAACGGCCGUUUCGAGUCCUAUGACUCCGGCGACGAAUGGGGGGAGUUCGGUCGGGAUGAGUAUAGCGGGGAGUAGAGGGUUGGGAACUAGCUCGAGGCGGGAGACGAGGAUCGUGGUCGUGAGGAGGGCGCAGGUGAUUUGCGAGUUGAGUUUCGGCCGUCGUCGAUGAGGGGGCUCGGCUACAGACCAGACCCGAUUCGAAAACUGAUGAGGACUUUGGACUCAUUCUUUCCCUUCGUUAGGUGCGCACUCGCUGCCGCCCAUACCGUCUCCAUCUCGGCACAGAACUGA